AAAAAAAAAAACACAUCCACAAAUCCACACUUCCUCUGUUGCUUCACGGCAAAAAAGGCGUCCCCAGCCUACAUGAGGCGUCUCCCCGGCGAGGACAGCUCUUUCUAGCCGCAAACCAGUGCAGGCAAGCCGGACAUGUUUGCGCACCAGCAGGCGCGGACCGAGGCGAUGGGAGUGUUUCCCCCGCCUGGCGGAGCGCCUGUGCGGGGACGAGAUGAGUGUUGAUGCGGGGAGAAAAAAAACCGCCAUGUUAGAACAAUCUUUUCGCAAGCAGGCGGAGGCGCGCGGAGACCCCCGGAGGUAAGGGGCGGACUCCGGAGAUGCCGCUGCCCCAGGGAGUGCUGCUCUUCCUGGGCGUGCUCAUGAUGAUCGCCGGGGGGGCCGUGGCUCUGUGCGUGGGGUUACCGAACCACUCGGCGCCGUGGUUCGGCGUGGGUCUUUUCUUCGGGCUGGGGGGCGUGGGCCUGCUGGUGAGCGGGCUGUGCAUGGCCAUGAAGAACCUGCAGGUGGCGGUGCCGGGACACUUCCUGCUGCACCCGCGCACGGGGACCCGGUUCAGCCCGCAACAGUCCCUGGCCAUUCAGCGGAGGUUGGACCGAAUUCGCCGGGAAAUGUCGACGGACUCCGUCGGCGAGGCGCAAGACCCCGAACCGGCCUUAUCGUCGACCCCGCCCCCCUGGACAAUGGACCCGCCCCCGUCAUACGACACUGUGAUGAAGAUCCGAGAGCAUGGCGAGCGGCUCGAACGUCGCCCCCCGGUGGACAUGUUGCACUCGGUGCCUUAACUAUGCGAACGCCGCACGCUGUCCGGGCUAACUUCCGGUUUUGGUUUUCAUUCCGUGUGCCUUCCACCGGGACCUCCUUCAGGACUCACACUUUGUUGCCUUGACGACGCCCACCACUUCCUGUUUGAACAUUAGCCUCUUUUUCACACUGGCAAAUUUUUUUUCCGCCUUUGGAUCUAUAAGUAGCAUCAGGAGGCGGGACUUAGGCUCUUUUCUUGCACCCUGUUGUGUUGAAAGCAAUUGUCGAAAAAAGUAUUUCAGCAUUUAAAAAAAAAAAGUUUUUUAUAUAUAUAUAUAUAUGUGUGUUUUUUUGGGGGGGGGGGGUCAAUAAAAAUACAAAAAUAUAUAUAAUGAAUGAGUUACGUAAAAUAAAAUAUAUUUAAAAAAAUGUUCAUCAUUUUUUUCAAGAUUUUAAUUAAAGUGAAACAAGUCUGCUCUGGCAUAAUUUUCCAGAAAUGUUCAGUCUUAGCACAAUUUGAAACUUGCUGUGGUACGAAUCCUGCUUUGUCUUUGAUAUUUUUAAGUGCAAUUAAAGUAUGUCUCACAAAUA